AUGUUUGCUCGUCUCUCCCUUGCCUUCGUGGUCGUAUCUAUUGCAGCGCUGUUCUGCGUUCAGACGGAAGCUGCCAAGGGCCCCCGAAUUACUCACAAGGUGUACUUUGACAUGAAGCACGGCGACAAGGACCUUGGUCGAAUCGUCAUGGGUCUCUAUGGUGGCACGGUUCCCAAGACCGUCGAGAACUUCCGUGCUUUGGCCACUGGCAAAAGAAAGGAUGGCACCGAGCUUGGCUUUGGUUACAAGGGCUCUAAAUUCCACCGCGUCAUCAAAGAUUUCAUGAUCCAGGGCGGUGACUUCACUCGGGGCGACGGCACUGGCGGCAAGUCUAUCUACGGCGACCGCUUUGCGGAUGAGAACUUCAAACUUCGCCAUACCGGCGCUGGUACUCUUUCAAUGGCUAAUGCCGGCAAGGACACCAAUGGUUCUCAAUUCUUUAUCUGCACUGUCGUCACGAGCUGGUUAGAUGGUAAACACGUUGUGUUUGGCAAAGUCAUUGAAGGCAUGGAGAUCGUCCACGCCAUUGAGGACGUUCCUAAGGGGUCUGGUGACAAGCCCAGUCUUGAUGUGGUUAUCGCUGAUUCUGGAGAGCUCCCUGUUGAACCGGAGGUUGCUGCGGAAGAGAAAGAGCAGGACCAUCAUACUGGUGUUGCCUCAUUGCAAAAGGCCCCAUCCUCAAGCGCCGCCACGAAAGUGGAUUCAACCGCUGCCUCCCCCGUUUACACGGGUCCAAGCUCAACCAUCGAAGAAGAGGAACAGCCCGAAGAGAUCGAGCAAGAAACCACUUCUUAUUUCAUGCCCAUCCUGGCCGCGUUCGUAGUGUUUGGCGCUGGCAGUGCGUUUUUUGUCUGGGUUGGUGGCUUGAGAUACCUGCGACGCAUGAUGAGUGGCAGGGACCUCACAGGCUAUCGUCAAGUAGGAGAAGAAGAUCCAGAGAAGCGUCUCGCAUAA